AUGCGUCUAUAUCGUGAUCUACUCUACGACUAUAACAAUGAAAUCCGGCCAUCAGUCCAUCCGAAAGAACCCAUAAAUGUCACUUUUGUUUUUUCACUGACUCAGAUUAUUGAUGUGGACGAACGAAAUCAGAUUCUAACGACUAACAGUUGGGUGAGGUUGCAUUGGGUGGACUAUAAGCUUGUAUGGGACCCCAGGUUGUAUCAAAAUGUGACAAGAUUGCAUAUCCCUAGUGAUAAGAUUUGGAAGCCUGAUAUUAUAUUGUAUAAUAACGCCGACGCUCAGUACAUGAAAUCAGUAAUGUCUACAGAUGUGAUAGUAGACUAUCUUGGAAAUAUACACUGGCCAUUAUCAGCAAUUUUCACAUCAUCAUGUCCAUUAGACGUCAAGCACUAUCCAUUUGACAGACAGACUUGUAUUCUGAAAUAUGCUAGCUGGGCGUAUGAUGGAACGAAGAUCGAUUUGUUGUUGAAAUCGGAGCAAGGAGAUAUCACCAACUACAUUACCAACACCGAGUGGAGCCUAAUUGGGAUCCGUGCUGAGAAGAAUCAAGUGAUCUACAGCUGCUGUCCAGAACCCUAUCCAUUUAUCGACGUUCAUGUGACAAUCGAAAGGAGAGCAAUGUUCUAUGUGUUCAAUUUAAUUCUACCAUGUGUUCUGAUCAGUUUGAUUGCUUUGAUGGGCUUCUACAUGCCAACAGAUUCUGGAGAAAAAGUUACACUAGGAAUUACAUCGUUGUUAUCGACCACUGUGUUCCUGAUGCUUGUAGCUGAGGGAAUGCCACCAACUUCUGAAGCACUUCCACUUAUUGGGAUCUAUUACGGAGUUACCAUUAUGUUGGUUGCCUUGGGUACCGCGAUGACGGUCAACAUUCAUCAUACCGGAGUCCACGGCUACCCUGUACCACCAUUCCUUCAGAUAUUUGCCUUCCGGUAUCUUUCAAAAAUUCUAUUCGUUCGAAUAGAACCAUACCACUCCAUUGCCCAUCAUGUCAGGCAUAUGUAUCAGAAAGAACACCCCAACGAGUGUACAUUAUCGGCUGGCUUACACUAUAAAAGACUUCAGGAUUUUGAUACAAAGCAGGUCAAAAAGCAAGAAGAGUGUGGAUUGCAGAGGGAUAUGUCAAGUAAGUUUGACUUUUUGGGUCAUCUCAUUUUUAAAAAAUUUCUAGAUCUCUCCGUAAUUUCUGCCAACGUGCAUUGCAACCCUGACGAUCGUCUUCUGCUAUCCACAAAAUCUUCCAGAAACAUUGACCCGGAAAAAAGUCUCCGAUCCUCGUUAUCGAUAAAGUCUGCAUCACCAACUGUCAAGAAGAAGGUACACCUACUAGAUCGAGAAUUCGGAGUUUUUUAG